AUGGACUAUGAAGGGGUCAGUCAAGCGGUUCGGGUUUUCGGUCGGUUCCCGUUCGCCUUCCCCCCCCCUCAUAGUCCAUUAGUGGGUAGGGUGGUCAACUUAGAGGGCGCCCGCCUCCUCUUCAGACGUGUCCUCGACAACCUUAAGGUUCUUCGGUCUCCGCUUUUGGGGGCGGGAGUGCUUGGUCGCUGGGGGUUCCUUUUCCUCAACCAAUUCGGUUGUGUCAGCCUUGGUCUAACAUUUUGUUAUGAGCUGGCUGGACAAAGAUGGAUUGAAGGUCAGAUAGAUUUGAGUUCAAGUGGCACAGCACCUUCGAUCGACCAUAGGGCCUAUUCUACCCUUACCGAAUUCAUUCUAUUGAAGCGUAACGUAAAAAGCUCCUUCUCAUCUUGCAUUUCUUUGGUUUGGAAGUUCCAGAAUCUUGUCUGUGGAUUUCUAUAA